UCAGCAACACGACACAAUGGAGGUCACCGCUUUCCGCAUCAGACUGUUGCUCAGUGUGUUGAUUCUGCUAGUUGCACAUGUUGAGGAAAUUGAUCCUCAGCCAGUUGCAGAUGUGCGUAUCGUUCCGUCCAGACUGCAGCUCUUUGAAUAUGAAUGUGUUUCUUUUACCUGUGAGGGGUCUGCUGGUUCAGUUGGAUGGAAAGUGAGGAACAACAAGGGAGUCAUUAAAACAAAUCCUAAUGUCACCUGCAAUUACUGUAUUGAUGUUGCCUUUGAGUCAGACAGUGGAGAGUACUGGUGUGAAGGUGAAGAAGGACAAAGAAGCAACGCUGUCCAAAUAACUGUCACUGCUGGUUCUGUGGUGCUGGAGAGUCCUGUCCUUCCUGUGAUGAAGGGAGAAGCUGUAACUCUGCACUGUAGAAUUAAGACAACCUCCUCCAACAUCACAGCUGAUUUCUAUAAAGAUGGCGUCUUCAUCAAGACUGAGUCCACAGUCAACAUGAUCAUCCAAAGUGUCUCCAAGUCCAAUGAAGGCCUCUACAAGUGCAACAUCUCUGGAGCUGGAGAAUCACCAGAGAGCCGGUUGGCUGUGAGAGAUCAAUUGGAGAUCCCAAAGGAUAAGGACUCAGUGAACCAAAGUAAGGAUCCAUUGGUACAACCUGCAGACAAAACAGCAUCUCAGAAAGAGAUUGGAUUUUCCUACUUUUACUUCAUCCUGCUGUGGACUUUUAUUGCCCUUAUUUUGACUCUACAGCUGCUGGUGAUAGGACUACUUUACCAGAAGAAACAGCUAGUCUUACCUGAGGCCCAGAUCAGGGAUCCACACAGGGACCUUUAUGCUGUCGUUGUAAGACACUGAUUAUUUGAGCUUCUGCCUCGACACAAACCAGAGCAGCACACCAGAGAGAGAAAAGGGUCACAGAAGAAAACACACCUGACUGAGGGACAUCAAAGUGUUUACUUAAAGUGUUUAGUGUAUAUCUGCAAAAUUGUAUCCAGUUCAAAGAUGUUUUUUAUUUC